AUGGAGGAUCUUGAAGUAACCGUAACUGCAAAAACAGUUGUGAAAGCAGUUGCCACUGAUUCUUCCCAAAACCCGACUUUGGCUCUCUCAAACCUCGACCUCCUCUCUGGCCGUUUCCCUGUCACAUACCUCUACUUCUACACUAACUCUCACAACAUCGACUUCCCCUGCAUCAUGGACUCCCUCAGCUUCUCCCUUGCCAAGACUCUCCACUACUACUACCCAUUCUCCGGUCGGAUUGUUGCUAAUCCGUCCACCACCGAGCUGGAGUUCAUCUGCGACAACCAAGGUGCCCUCGUUGUUGAGGCGCGUGCCAAUGUCCCAUUGAAGAUGCUCGAUUUCUACAACCUCGACAAACUUGUGACGCAAGGUAAACUGGUCUCCCUGUCCCCUGACUUUCUAUUCCAGGUCCAGGUCACACGCUACACUUGUGGAGGUGUCUCUAUGACCUUCACCUUCGAUCAUGCCCUGGGUGAUGCCGCCUCGUUCAGCAAGUUUCUCUGCUCCUGGUCGGAGAUUUCGCAGCAUAAAUCCUUGUCCUGCAUCCCGGACCAUCGGAGGAGGGAACUGCUCAAGCCGCGAGACCCGCCAAGAUACCAACCGUCCUUGGACCGCACUUUCGUUAGAUGCACCAUCGACGAGAUCCUCAACAUGCCUGUCUCCACCACCACUACCACCAUGGUGAAGCGCCUGUACCAUAUAGAAGCACGUUGCAUCGACAGGCUACAAGUAAUGGCAUCUGCAGGAGGGACAAAAAGAACGAAGAUCGAAGCUCUCUCCGCAUACGUAUGGAAGGCGAUGGUGAAAGCUGUUGAUUGCAAGGAAUGCAAGAUGGGUUGGCUGGUGGAUGGCCGUGGAAGGAUGGGAGGGAGCCUUAAGAACGAUCCCAUGUCCAAUUACAUAGGAAAUGUGUUGUCUUUGGCUGUGGGAGAAGCCAACGUGGAUGAGUUGGAGAGAGACUCUGUUGCUGAAGUGGCUAAGAGGGUUCAUGAGGCUAUAUCGGAGGCGACGAGGGAGGAUCAUUUCUUGGAGCUGAUGGAUUGGAUCGAGUGCCACCGGCCUGGGCUGGUGAUGGCAAGGAUAGUGCUGGGAGGAGGAGGGAGUGGUGGUGCUCCGGCGGCGGUGGUUGUUUCGUCGGGGAGGAAGUUUCCGGUGGCAGAACUGGAGUUUGGGUUUGGGAGUCCGGUUUUGGGGACGGUGAGUUCCACGAUUGAGAAGAUCGGAGUUGGGUAUUUGAAUCAAAGGGAGAGCGGGAGGAAUGAUGGUUCAUGGACUGUUUCAGCUAUCUUGUGGCCGCAGCUUGUGCAGGUCUUGGAGUCUGAUUCUGUUUUUCAGCCCAUUUCAGUUGCUCAGCAUUUACUCAUAUGA